AUGGCCAUCGAAGCGGUGGAAGCCCAGCACCGGAUCACCGGCAGCCAAUGCCAGGAUCCCGUCGAGCUAUCGUUGGCUGCUAUACGGAUUUGGGCUCUCCAGGUCUUGGAGUGGUUCAACGACAACCCGGCAAGCAUCAAGAUAGGUCACGCAGCACCGGGUGGGAACACUACAUUCACCAUGGAACUCAACGUCCAAGGGGAUGCGACGGAUGUGGUACAGAUAACACAGGAUAAGGAGGCCCAGGAUUUGGCGUGGAAGUGCCAGGAGGCCAAUCUUGCGCUCGUGGCUUCCAUGCAGGUGUCUGGCGACCCGGAAGCUAGUACCCUGCUGGUGCUAUACUUCAUGGGUGAUAAGGGAAGCCGGGUUAAGUUCGACACCACGAAGACUGUACAUGAGUUGGAGAUCCACGGCUGGGUCCACCCGGCAGGCAUAGACAUGAAAAUCUUCCCCGUCGUUGAGUCUGCGCGAAAGCUUGCUUUGCAACUCGCCGAGCGCUUGGAGGCGCGCACACCCCAACCGACAGUUACCGGGGACAUGAGCGAUAUGCCCAUCUCUGAGGACGACCUUGGAACUAUCUGGGGGUGGAAUAGUCAAGCGGCAGCUCCGGUGGAGAGAUGUGUGCACGAUCUAAUCAGCGAGCGGGCCCGAGAGACGCCUAAUGCCCCGGCGGUUUGUGCAUGGGAUGGAGAACUGGACUAUGAGCAGCUUGAUAAGCUUUCCUCACGUCUGGCUCAUUAUUUGCUCCAACUCGGCGUCAGUCCAACUCACUUUGUCCCCUUGUGUUUCGAAAAAUCGGUCUGGAUGAUGGUCGCAAUUCUGGGCGUGAUGAAAUCGGGGGCUGUGAUCUCCACUAUGGAUCCUACGCAACCUGAAGACCGGCUCCGGACAAUUGUGCAGCAGCUGCGGUCGGCCUGGGUUAUGUGCUCGCCGGCUCAGCGCGACGUUGCUACGCGCCUCGGGGCUAGUACCGUUAUAACUCUGGACCACAGUCUCAUUCAAUCGUUGCCUCCUUUAGGAUGCAGCAAACUGCCCUCAGUUGACCCAGCGAGCACGCUGUACGUUGUUUUCACCUCUGGCAGCACGGGGACUCCGAAAGGGGCCAUCAUCAAUCACAUCAAUUUCAGCAGCGCCAUUACCUACCAGCAUGAAGCAUUAGGUCUCAGUAACACUGCCCGAGUUUUCGAUUUCGCUUCAUAUGCAUUUGAUCUCGCCUGGGGUAAUAUUAUCCACACAUUUGCCGCUGGCGCAUGUCUUUGUAUCCCACGAGAAAGUGAACGCCGUGGGGACAUCGCGGCGGCUAUGCGUAGGCUUCGGGUAAAUCAUGUGCAACUAACCCCGAGUGUUGCACGAUUAAUUGAUCCGAAUGACGUGCCGUCCCUGCGAUUGAUAUUGUUGAUCGGAGAGCCAAUGAGUCAGGCUGAUGUGGACCAGUGGACACCACAUUGCACUUUGAUUAACUCCUACGGUCCGGCCGAGUGCACUGUGGCUGUUACCUUUCAAAAAAUCUCUCCUGACGGGUCCUGGGACGGCAGUAUGGGCACGGGUGUUGCUUGCAAUACAUGGGUAGUUGAUGUGAGUGGGGAAAGCCUUGUUCCACCCGGUGGCACCGGUGAGCUUUGGCUUGAGGGCCCGCUGGUUGGACAAGGAUAUUUAGGCGACUCCGAGAAGACCAUUGCUUCGUAUGUGGAAACCCCGUUGUGGUUGGCACAAGGAGCGCCGGACUAUCCGGGGCGACGAGGCCGUUUAUACAAGACCGGCGAUCUCGUACGCUACAACAAGGAAGGCCGCUUAGUUUACGUCGCUAGAAAGGACGAUCAAGUGAAAGUCCGGGGACAGCGAGUGGAGCUGGCUGAGGUGGAAUGGCAUUUGAAGCAGGCUCUGCCUGAUCCUACGAUCCCGGUUGUGGCUGAAGUGAUUACGCCCAGCGGUGGUAAGAGUGCGAUCUUAGUGGCCUACCUAGCUCUCGGUCCAGAAUUCAAGCAGGACAUGGACCGGGUGCGGAAUGAGCUUCAUCGCUACACAAAUGGGGUUUCGGAGACAUUGGCGCAGCAAUUACCUCAAUAUAUGGUACCGAGCCUCUACAUCCCAGUCCCUGAGAUCCCCAUGACAGGCACGGGGAAAACAGACCGGCGGCGCCUCCGAGAAACUUCAUCGUCGAUGACUAUGCAGCAACUAGUGGAAAUGCAGCCCUCCCAAGGAGAGAGGUGCGCGCCUCGGACAGAAAUGGAGUGGCGCCUUCAACAACUCUGGGCAUUGUCACUCGGUAUCGACGCUGAAAGCAUUGCAGUGGGCGAUAGUUUCCUCCAGAUCGGGGGAGAUUCUGUGGCCGCGAUUAGGCUCGUGCAGCUCGCUCGAAAAGAAGCGGUUGUCCUAACCGUGGCGGACGUUUUCAACCUCCCACGUCUCUGUGACUUGGCGGAAGUGGCUCGGCUAGAGCAGCCCAAGCACGUUGAUAUACCCCCAUUUAGCCUGCUACCGAAAUUUGACAGUGCUCCUUCCAAUGCAUGCGCCCUGGCUGCGGCGGAGUGUGGCGUCCCUGCGGAGUCGAUUGCAGACUUGCUCCCUUGCAGUCCCCUGCAAGAAGGCCUCUUGGCCCUGACCGGCAAACGACCGGGAGACUACAUCCGUUGUUUGACAAUGGAGUUACCAUCAGAUGUGGAUCUAGCACGUUUUCGCCAUGCCUGGUCGAAGGUCGUUCAAACAGCAUCUGUUCUUAGAACGAGGAUUGUAGAGGUCCCAACUUUAGGACUAUUGCAGGUCGUUCUUGUCGAGGAGCCAGAGUGGCGUGAGAGCGACGAGGACUUGAUUAGCUUCGUUCAGUCGGAAAAAGAAUCAUACAUGGGAUUGAACACACAUUUAACACGGUUUGGGCUGGUGAAAGACGAAUACCAAAAGGUCUCCUUCAUCUGGACGAUUCAUCACGCCCUAUACGACGGUUGGUCCAUGCCGCUUCUUCUGGAACAAGUUGAAAGCGAAUACUGGCAUGGCGAUUGCGAGACGUUAGCCCCGUUCAACAGCUUCGUGAAAUACCUGACAGAUUCCGGUGAGGGUGCGGAGGAGUAUUGGCGCUCCCAGCUGGAUGGAAUUGAAGCCCCCAUUUUUCCGUCGCUGCCUUCCCCGGGGUACCAGCCCCAGGCCCAUAAUCAAUUGGAGCAUCAGGUAUUAAACAUUGACUGGCCUGGUAACAAUAUUACCGCCUCCACUGUCGUGCGCGCCGCGUGGGCAAUUUUAACGUCUCGCUACACGCACUCAAGUGAUGUAAUCUUUGGAGCAACAUUAACGGGCCGACAGGCGCCCGUGCCAUACAUCGAGAGAAUUGCGGGCCCGACUAUUGCCACAGUGCCAAUUAGAGUGAGCGUGGACGGAGAACUUGGCGUGGCGACCUUGCUACAGAAUCUACAAAAGCAGGCAGUUGAUAUGAUUUCCUACGAGCAGACCGGGCUGAAGAGAAUUCGUCAUAUCAAUUCAGACGCCGACCACGCGACGCAGUUUCAGACAUUGUUGGUGGUUCAACCGGCAGCUCGCAAAACAUCUCGCCUACUCGAUGAGCGUUUAUUUCCUGAAGAUCCGUACGAUGGGGAAAAUGAGUUGGCGAGCAUCAACACUUAUGCGCUUGUGGUAGAAUGUCACCUUGAGCCUAACGGAAUGCUUUUACGGAUGAGCUUCGACUCCCAAGUCAUUGAGGUACACCAGGCGGAUAGAAUGGCCCGCCAGUUUGAAGAAGUCCUGCGCCAGAUAAGCAGGGAAAAUGCCGCAGAGAAUUUGAUCAAGGCGGUCGACGCUGCGAGCCCGGAAGACUUAGCCCAGAUAUGGCGCUGGAACAAAAAGGUGCCUCCAGUUAUUGAGGGCUGUGUACAUGACUUGAUCGCGCAGCGUGUUCAGGAACAGCCAGAUAGACCAGCUGUGUGUGCUUGGAAUGGUCAAUUGACCUAUGAAGAACUGGGACUCCAUUCAACCAAUCUUGCUCGGUUCAUUCUUUCUCUUGGAGCUGGAGCUGGCCCUGGCGCUGUUAUCCCAAUUUGCUUCGAAAAGUCGAUGUGGACCCCAGUGGCAAUGCUAGCAGCCAUCAAGACGGGGGGCAUGUCUGUCACAGUGGAUCCUAGCCAGCCCCAAGAGCGAUUGCAGUUAAUUAUGCAGCAAACGAAACCGCCCUUAAUUCUAACUUCACCCAUGUAUAAAUCACUCGCAGCUCGUCUGGCGACACAAGUCAUAAUAGUGGAUGCUGAAGCUCUCAAGGGAAUGGCACCAUCGAUUCCUAAUAACUUCACCAUGCCAUCCAUCAACCCGGCCAGCGGGCUGUACAUUGCAUUCACUUCCGGCAGUACAGGCACACCGAAAGGCGCCAUCAUGACUCACGAGAAUGUACGCAGUGCAAUCGACUACCAAAAUGAAAUCAUGGGCACCGAUUUGCAUAGUCGACUGUAUGACUUUACGUCGUACGCAUUCGAUGUUGCAUGGUUGAACUUUUUUCAUGCUUUCACUGCUGGUGGCUGCCUAUGUAUUCCCUCUGAUGCACAGAGGAAGGAUGAUAUACCUGGCUCCAUGGAUCAACUAGAAGCUAAUUACAUGCUACUCACGCCUUCAACAGCUCGUACCCUUGACCCAAAGACCCUUCCCGGCCUUAAAACACUGAUACUCGUGGGUGAAGCGGUGACCGGUGAAGACCUCCGAAAAUGGGCGCCUAAUGUAACCCUCAAGAAUGGAUACGGCCCAGCUGAAUGCACCGGCUUGUCAACCAUCCAUACAUACGAGGGCUCCGGUGACCAGCCGAAUACUGUUGGCUUUGCAGUAGGGCUUAGGCCUUGGAUUGUUGAACCCGUACACGGUACCUGUCUUGCUCCUCUCGGCGCGAUUGGGGAGCUGUGGGUAGAGGGACCUCUGGUGGGAGGGGGUUAUCUGAAUGAUCCGGACCAUACCGCUGAGAGCUUUGUACGGGAUCCUCCCUGGCUGUUACGUGGGGGCCCGUCUUGCCCGGAAAAGGCGCGCCAGGGUCGGUUGUACAAGACCGGUGAUCUCGUGCGUUAUAACCCAAAUGGCUCGCUAGCCUAUGUUGGCCGCAAGGAUACGCAGGUAAAAAUCCGCGGACAGCGGGUGGAGCUUGAGGAAGUGGAAUCCUAUCUUAGGCAGACUAUUCCAGGUGGAACUGCAAAUACCGUGAUUGCCGACAUGGUAACUUUACGUGGGAGUUCAAGUCCGACCCUUGUCGUCUACAUUGCGUUAGGAGAAGCUGCGACACAAGCUCCAGAAAGUGUUCGUGCAGAGCUUUCUCGUUAUACCCACGGGGUUGUGGAAACCUUGGGUGAGCUCCUGCCAAGCUACAUGGUGCCAAAUCUAUACAUCCCUGUCAAAGAUAUCCCAAUAUCUACCACGGGGAAAACUGAUCGAAAGCGUCUGCGUCAGUUGGGAUCAUCUAUGAGACUUGAAGAGUUACUUGAGCUUCAAUCCCGCCGUGAGAAGCGACUCCCGCAGACAGAGUUAGAGCGUCGACUUCGGGACUUGUGGGCAGACGUUUUGAACAUUGACGUCUGUCAUAUUGGGGUCGACGAUGGCUUUUUCUCUCUUGGGGGGGAUUCGAUAUCGGCCAUGCAAGUGUCAGCUAAGUCACGACAGCUCGGGUUUCGCAUCACGGUGAACGACAUCUUCAAAUCGAAAACUAUUGGACGUUUGGCGCACUGUAGUCAAACAGAGCAAGCCCUUGAAGUAAAGGCUAGCGAGCAGCUCGAUACAACGUUCGCUCUUUCCCCUAUUCAACAGUUGUUUUUUGACAGCCAACCAUCAACAUAUGGGCAUUUCAACCAGAGCUUUUUCCUGCGCAUUUCAAGGUCCCAAAACUCGGAUGAUGUGCUUCAUGCGGUUGAAUCUGUUGUCACAUGUCAUUCUAUGCUACGUGCUCGCUUUCAUCAGGAACCGAACGGGAGAUGGGUCCAGCGUGUCACGCCUAGCACUGGCAAAUCGUAUAACUACCACCAAGCUCGGGUUUCGUCAUUGGACGAUGCCAUUCCGGCGCUUAAUAUAAGCCAGCAGUCGUUGGAUAUUCAAAAUGGUCCUGUUUUCGCGGCUAAUCUCAUUGACACAGGUGACAUGCAGUACCUGUUUCUUGUCGCCCACCAUCUUGUCAUUGACUUGGUCUCAUGGCGUAUCAUAUUGCAUGAUAUCGAACAAAUGCUCACGAAGAGCAGUGUUUCUUCCUUACCCAGCUGCGCAUCUCUCCCUUUUCAGACUUGGUGUCAAUUACAGGCUAGCUACGCCAGCGAAAAUCUCGCCCCAAAUAUCGCUCUGCCAUUCGAUAUUGAUCCCCCAUGUAUCGAUUACUGGGGACUUGAUCAAGCUCAAAAUAGCUAUGACAAUAUAGUUGAACAAGGCUUCGCCAUAUCCAAGUCAACUACUGAUUUACUCCUUGGAGCUGCAAACCUUGCUUUCCAAACGCAACCAGUCGAGUUGUUCCAGGCGGCAUUAUUGCACUCCUUUAUGCAGGUAUUCGACGAUCGGACCAUUCCUACUAUUUUCACCGAGGGACACGGGCGAGAGCCGUGGGACCAUGCCUUGGACCUAUCAAGAACAGUCGGCUGGUUUACGACUAUUGCUCCAACGGCUGUCACGGCCAGCACUAACCUCAGUAUUGCUGAAGUUGUUGUUCGCACUAAGGAUGGUCGUCGCCGAACCCCAGGGAACGGGUGGCCGUACUUUACGUCGCGGUACCUGAAUGCAGCUGGUAAGAAGUCAUUUGGAGUGUCACAUUGCCACGAAAUUGUGUUCAACUAUUUCGGCCUUUACCAGCAGUUGGAGAAAGCGGAUGCACUAUUUCAACCAUGCGAGACCCUUGCCGGUAGAGUUCCCGAUGUCGCUGGACAUAUGCACCGAUUCGCCCUGGUUGAUGUGGCGGCGGAGGUGACCCAUGGCUGUUUGCGAUUUGACUUCCAGUAUAAUCGUCAUAUGCAGAAGCAACCUGCUAUACGUGAAUGGAUCACGGAAUGUCAGCGCUCACUAGAGGUAGUAGCAAAGGAGUUGAUCCUGCUUCAACCUCGUUAUACCGUGUCGGACUUUCCCUUACUACCUCAGACUGAAGCGACCAGGCGGAAGGUUGAGUCCCUCCCAGAUCUGGGCAUUUCUUUUGGAGAGAUAGAAGACAUCUAUCCCUGCUCCCCUGUCCAGCAAGGGAUCUUUUUGAGUCAAGCCAAGAAUCCUGAUCUUUAUCAGACCCGUGUGCGCUGGUGUGUGCAGUCUGUUGAUCCACAGUCUGCUGUUGAUGCUCAGCGGCUUGCCCGCUCCUGGUGUCAGGUUGUCGCACGCCAUGGAGCAUUGAGAACAAUAUUCACCCAAAGUGUGGUCUCUGAUGGAUAUAGUGACCAGAUUGUGUUGAAAGAAGUUUCGCCUCCUAUUCACAUUUUACCACCGCACCAUCCAAAAGAAGGUAUGGCAGCCGUUGCAGGGUACCAAAAGUCUGUUGGAGAUCGUGACAGAAGUUUGCACUCGCUCCUUCUCUGUCCUACCUCGGAGGGUAGCGUAUAUUGCCAGCUCGAUAUAAACCAUGCGAUCAUAGAUGCUAUAUCUAUCGGCAUCAUCAAGCAGGAUCUCCGCGCUGCCUAUGACGGAACCCUGCCCUCUGAGCCUGCCCCGGUGUAUAGUAACUAUAUUCAACAUAUUCAAAGUUCCUCGUCAUCAGAGGCAAGGGAAUAUUGGAAACGGCGUGUAGUGGGCGCCGAACCCUGCAUUUUCCCGGUUCUCAACCAGAAUCAGGCGGAGCCCAAUGCGAGAGGCAUAGCCUCUUUGCCAGUUACGCAGGAGAUAUACGACUCACUACGCAGCUUCUGCCGAAUCCAUGGGCUGACACCGUCUAAUGUCCUGCAUCUCGCAUGGGGCCUUGUUCUUCGCUGCUACACAAGUAACGAAUCUGUUUGCUUCGCAUAUUUGAGCUCCGGUCGCGAUGUCCCUGUGGACAGAGCGGACGGCGUGGUGGGGCCCUUUAUCAACAUUCUCGUGAGCCAUGCAAAGAUCACUAGUGACCGCUCCCUGCUCAGCAUUAUGCAAGCCAAUCAGGCAGAAUACCUUGAAGGGCUUGAAUACCAACACUUUCCGCUAGCCGAGGUGCGGCACUAUCUAAAUGCCGAUGCGGAAUCUUUUUUCAACACUGCCCUGUCGGUGCAGAGUGGCGGCCUCAGUCAACAGCAAGAUCCCAGUGGGAUAUCUUUUGAUGAGGAGACCUGGGAUGAUCCCAAUGAGUACGAUAUGGCCACGUCAGUCUUUCUGCGCGAGGAUGACGCGCAGGUAUCCAUCAACUACUCCCACAAGCUUCUGUCGGAGACUCAAGCUGCCAGCGUCGCCGGUUCUUUCCUCGAGGCUCUCCGGGUCAUCAUUAAUAAGCCAUCUGCCAGUGUGGACAAUCUGCAGAUCGCAAGCUCACAGGACAUUGAUGCCAUCUGGAACUGGAAUAGGCAAGUGCCGAAGAGAGUGUCAAGUUCUGUCACAGACUUGAUUGUCGCUCGCAUCCAGCAGCAGCCAGAAGCCCCUGCUGUCUGCUCGUGGGACGGAGAACUUACAUACCGCGACCUUGAUCGACUCUCAUCUCGACUUGCGCAACAACUCCUGGGACUGGGGAUCGCCCCACGUUCAAUUAUACCUUUGUGCUUUGAGAAAUCCAUGUGGGUCCCAGUGGCGAUGCUUGCCGUGAUGAAAGCCGGUUGUGCGGUAGUAGGAAUGGACCCCGAGCAGCCGAAAGAGCGUCUACAGCUCAUUAUAGCGAAAACCCAGCCAGCCCUUAUUUUGACUUCUCCGAGGCAAAGAGACUUGGCACAGUCGCUUUUGGGUAUGGUGGUAACUGUCACCUUGGAUUCCCUGCCGGCUGCUCAUAUUUCGGACAAAUAUGGGUUUCCACCUAGCGAUCCCACCGAUACACUCUUCGUUGCAUUUACUUCAGGUAGCACGGGAACCCCAAAGGGCGCUAUAAUUUCACAUGAAAACAUGUGCUCCGCAAUCACCCAUCAUGCUGAUGCCUGCGGAAUUACUACUUCGUCCCGUGUCUUUGACUUUGCUUCAUAUGCUUUCGAUGCGGCUUGGUUUAACUUUGUGUACCCUCUUGUCGUUGGUGGUUGUAUGUGCAUCCCUUCUGAUGAGCAGAGGACGAAUCGGGUGGCGGAGUGCAUGGAGCAAAUGAGGGUUAAUUACGCGCUUUUCACUUCCUCGAUGGCUAGAACAAUCGAUCCUACCACGGUUCCUAGCCUAGAGACCCUUGUUCUAGGUGGGGAGGCUCUUGGAGCAGAGGAUAUGGACAUCUGGAAGCAUAUCAAUCUCAAGGGUGCGUACGGCCCCGCGGAAUGCACCAUAAUUGCAACCUUCAAUGACUUCAAACAUCGAAACGAGCAUCCAAGAACCCUGGGACAUACAGUGGGACUGACGGCGUGGGUUGUCGAGCCGUUGCGAAGCAAAAGCCUUGUGCCUAUUGGGGCCAUUGGUGAAUUAUGGUUAGAAGGCCCUCUUGUGGGCCCGGGAUAUCUGCGAGACCCUGAGAAAACAUCUGCCUCGCGAGCAGAGGAUCCCGCGUGGCUAGUACAUGGAACCUCACGGCAUCCAGGCCGCCGCGGCUACCUUUAUAAAACGGGGGAUUUGGUUCAAUAUCGUGAGGAUGGUGCUUUGGUUUACAUCAACCGGAAGGACAACCAGGUGAAAAUCCGCGGGCAACGCGUGGAGCUCGGAGACGUCGAGUAUCACGCCCGCCGGGCAUUAUCAGCUAAUGCCACACAAGAUUUGGUAGUAGAAGUGAUCUACCCCAAGGGAAGGAAUAACCCCAUACUCGUGGCUUUUAUUUCACUAGGGGAGCAGGCAAGUGGAUCAGCGGAAUCAAUCCGUGAGGCAUUGGCAUUAUGUACCAAAGGCGUGGAAGAAAGCCUGAAGCAGCAUCUCCCAAGCUAUAUGGUUCCCAGCAUGUAUGUCCCAGUCGCAGAAAUACCACUCACUGCUACUGCGAAAACAGAUCGGCGCAGGAUCCAGCAGAUUGGAUCUUCUCUUACCUUGGAGCAACUAGCCGAGCUGCAACCAUCGAGGCGCAAGGCAAGGGCACCUGCAACUGCGUCUGAACAGCGCCUGCAGAAGCUGUGGGCUACUGUUCUUGAGAGAGAAACAAGCAGUAUAUCAGCAGAUGACAGUUUCUUGAGGAUCGGAGGCGAUUCAAUUGGGGCAAUUCGCCUGGCUCAACUUGCAGCGGACCACGGUCUCAUGCUAACAGUUGCCACCAUUUUCAAAUCGCCAACAUUAUGUGAUAUGGCACAAACAUUGAAGGUCGAGUCCGUUUCCGAGCAAGUGAUCCAGCCUUUAUCACUACUCAAAUUACAGAUAGAUUCGGAUCAAGCGCUGAAGCAGGCAGCUGCUCAGUGUGACCUCGAGGUAUCCUCUAUAGAGGACGUACUUCCAUGUACCCCUCUGCAAGAGGGCCUGUUGUCGCUUACUGUGAAAAGGCCUGGAGCGUAUGUAAUCAGGCAAGUGCUGCGACUGCACGACCAGAUAGACGUCCAAAGAUUUCGAAACGCUUGCAACUAUGUGGCAACGUCUACUGCUAUCUUACGAACGCGGGUAAUUGACCUCCAUGAGCAGGGGCUGGUGCAGGUUGUUACCAAGCAAAUCCCGGAAUGGCAGGAGAGUACUAGCCUGGCUGCAUUUCUUCGGCUUGAUGAGCAAAACCCCGUUGGGCUCGGAACGGCCCUAGCAAGGUUUGCUUUGGUCCACGACCGUGUUGACGAUCGAAUUUAUUCGGUAUGGACGCUACACCAUGCGCUAUACGAUGGGUGGUCAAUGCCCCUACUUUUGAAGGAGGUCGAAAAAGCCUACUUUGGAGUCAAAACUGAGGGCCUGGGCUCAUUCGCGGGAUUCGUGAAACAUAUUACUGAGUUGGGAGCGGAGACGGAUGAAUACUGGAAAAAUGAAUUUGACGGGCUAUUGGCAGUGCAAUUCCCAGUUCUACCUUCGCCCCAUUACCAACCCCAGGCUCAAGAGGUCAUGCACCAUGAGAUCACGAACUUGCAGUGGUUACAGGACAACACAACACCUUCAACAGCUAUUCGCGCUGCAUGGUCAGUUCUGGUCUCGCACUACACCCAAUCGUCUGAUGUCAUCUUCGGAUCGACGGUCACAGGUCGACAAGCGUCAAUUCCGAAGGUAGAACUAGUGGAAGGUCCGACAAUCGCCACGGUGCCGAUACGGGUCGAGAUUCAGGAGAAGGCAACCGUUGCGAAUCUUCUUGAACAAAUCCAGAAACAAUCGGUGGACAUGAUUCCCUUUGAGCAGGCAGGGCUUCAACGAAUUCGGCGCCUAAGUCCCGAGACAGAGCAAGGAUGCGCCUUCCAAACGUUUCUUGUGGUCCAGCCUGCGCCCCAACCGGCGAAGGCCGAACAUGAUGACUGGAUUUUCGAAGAGCAGAGUAAUGAUUACACUCCUGGAUCUAUUAACAAUUUCAACUCAUACGCCCUGCUGCUGGAAUGCCAGCUGACUGCUGAUGGCGUCUCUAUCAACAUAAGCUACGACGCUCACAUCGUGACACAAGUCCAGGUGGAGACCAUAGCAGGCCAAUUUGAACAUGUUUUGCGCCAGGUUUGUAAAGAGGCAUCGCAAUAUCUAGAAGUCAAAGAUAUAGAAGCUGCCAGUGAAGAUGAUAUCCGCCGGAUUUGGGAUCUGAACUCACCGACCCCAAGAGCAGUGGAAACAUGCAUGCACGAUUUGAUCUUGCAGCAGGCCCACCAACGGCCAAAUGCAAGCGCCAUCUGUGGUUGGGACGGAGAGCUGACAUACGGUCAGCUGGAUGACCUUUCAACUCGAUUAGCACAUCGCUUGGUUGAGGCCGGUGUGCAACCAGGCGCCAUUGUGGCCUUAUGUCUCGAGAAGUCUAUGUGGAUGCCCGUGGCCAUGCUGGGGGUGGUAAAGGCCGGAGCGACGGGUGUUACGAUGGAUAUAACCCAGCCUGAAGAACGACUUCGGUUGAUUGUGGACCAGGUGCAGCCGCCGCUUAUCGUCAGCUCAGUGGAGGCAAAGAACCUAGCAAGUCGCUUGACAGAGAAGGCAGUGCUUGUCAUUUCAGAGGAAGCCUUGGAACACCAGCUGCGGCCGCAGAUGGUAACAAAGAAGGGUUUGCCUCCCGUUCAGUCUACCGCAGGAUUGUAUGUCGCUUUUACAUCCGGGAGUACUGGGGUGCCGAAGGGUGCUCUUAUGACCCAUGGCAACGUGGCUAGUGCUGUUUAUCACCAACAGGCGGUCCUAGGGUACAAACCAACAGACCGUGUAUUUGACUUCUCCUCCUAUGCGUUUGAUGCAGCCUGGUUUAAUUUUCUUCAUACAAUGGCAGCCGGGGCAUGUCUCUGUAUUCCAUCAGAGGAUGAACGGAGAAGUGAUGUAACUGAAUGCAUGCGCCGCAUGAGGGUGACAUAUGCUGCCAUCACUCCUUCUACUGCCCGAUUGAUUAAUCCUGCUUCCGUUCCAGAGCUUCGGUGUCUGCUGCUAGGUGGCGAGACAGUUAGCAAGCAGGACAUCACACAAUGGUGCCCAUUUGUCAACUUGAUAAACAUAUAUGGUCCCGCCGAGUGUAGUGCGAUAUCCACUACGUUUACUUAUGGCGACAGCGACCAUCCCUCGGGAACUAUUGGCGCUGGCCGAGGAAUGGCAACCUGGGUUGUAGAACCUUCUAGAGGUCGCCACCUGUCGCCGUACGGGGCUGUGGGUGAGCUAUGGCUGGAAGGCCCACUGGUUGGGGCUGGAUACGUUGGUCGCCCCGAUAUCAAUGCAACCACCUUUAUCCACGACCCUCCGUGGUUGCUUCGAGGCGGUGCUGGAAUUUCUGGCCGACGCGGAAGGCUGUAUAGAACAGGUGACCUAGUUCGCUAUAACUCUGAUGGGACCUUGCUUUAUGUCGGUCGCAGAGAUGCGCAGGUAAAGAUCCGUGGUCAGCGGGUGGAGCUCACGGAGGUAGAGCAUUACCUCUACGAGUCUCUACCCACAGGCUCCCGAAGCACUCCAUUCGCGGUCGAAGUCAUCACCCCCCGCGAGACAAACAACCCGAUACUAGUCGCCUUUUUCGGGAUGGGGCAGUUGGAAUGGGGAUCAACAGAGGUGGUGAGAGAAGCGCUGAGAAAACACACCCAGGAUGUACAAGCUCAAAUGGCGGAGCUACUCCCCAGUUUCUUGGUCCCAGGCAUAUUCAUACCGGUGGCAGAGAUUCCAGUGACGGCAACAGGGAAAAUUGAUAAGAGAUCGUUACGGCAGCUUGGAGAGCAAAGUUCAUUGGACGAGCUUGUAGCAUUGCAACCUACGCAGGGCGAGCGCCAGACACCUACCACCAUAACAGAGUGUCGCAUUCUGGAGCUGUGGGCCAAGACACUCAAUGUUAACCCGGAGAGAAUUAGUAUUCACGACGAUUUCUUCACCCUUGGAGGUGACUCUAUUUCAGCCAUGCAGCUUUCAGCCAAAAGCCGCUCUACGGGCCUCCAAAUUACUGUCCCUGCCAUCUUCAAGCAUAGAACGAUUGCUCGUCUGGCGGCAUGCACAACGCCUGUGGACCAGAUUAUGAAUCAAAGCACGGAGCGCACUGGUGUCCCUUUCGCCCUGUCGCCCAUUCAGCAGCUUUUUGUCAAUACUCAACAAGGCGCCGAUAAUCACUUUAAUCAAAGCUUCUUGGUCCGGAUCACUCAGUCGACCUCCUCUGAUCAGCUCAAGCGUGCCAUAGAGGCUAUUGUUGCGCACCACUCAAUGCUGCGAGCGCGGUUCAAGUCAACACCGGAGAAUAUAUGGACACAACAAAUUCUACCAUCCUCGGCAGGGAGCUACAUAUUUUCAUCUCACGAAGUCAUCUCUUUCCAGGACUCCUCCGAUAUUGUCACCCGAAGCCAGACAUCUCUAGAUAUCGAAAAUGGGCCUCUGCUCGCAGUUGACUUGCUCAAUACACAGAAGGACGGCCAGUAUCUCUUUUUAGUUGCGCAUCAUAUGGUCAUUGACUUAGUGUCAUGGAGGAUUCUUCUGGCGGACUUGGAAGAAUACCUUACCACGGGAACUUUGUCUGGGUUCGUGCCAAUGUCCUUCCAGACAUGGUGUGAGCUUCAAGCAGAUUACGCUCGCGCUCAUCUCUUUCCCAAGGAUGUCUUGCCGUUCAGUCCGGAACCACCUCAGUAUGAUUACUGGGGUGUCGCACCAAGUACGAAUACGUUUGACAACUUGGCAAAGGGCAGUGUUAUUCUCAGUAAGGAGGUGACCGAGAUUCUUCUUGGGUCAGCUAAUGCGGCAUUCAAUACUCAACCUGUUGAAAUCCUUCAUGCCGCUCUGCUUCAUUCCUUCACCAAAGCCUUUCAUGAUCGAUCACCACCUUCCAUAUUCAGUGAAGGGCAUGGCCGAGAGCCAUGGACCUCUAGCAUUGACCUGUCGCGCACGGUUGGCUGGUUUUCCACCAUAUACCCUGUCGUGGCCACCGUGGACCCAGACGAGAAGAUUUCCGCUCUGGCGCGGCGAAUUAAAGACACUCGACGUUGUGUCCCUCAGAACGGCUGGUCGUACUUUACGUCGCGCUAUCUCAACCCCACCGGCAAAAAAGACUUUCAGAUAAACGGCCCGGUAGAGGUCAUUUUCAACUACCUUGGCCUGUAUCAGCAGCUUGAGAGACAGGACUCGCUUUUCCACGUGUCGGAAAUGCCUGUCGAUGUCCACGAGCUGUCGGAUAUUGCCAGUAAGCUCUGUCGAUUUGCUCUCAUCGAUAUCUCAGCCUCUGUGCUGCAGGGUCGCCUUCGUGUCGAUUACCUCUAUAACAAUCGCAUGAGAAAUCAAGAAGGUAUCCGGAAAUGGAUUCAGGAGUGCCAGUGUUCUCUGGAGGAUGCUGCACAAGAACUCCCAUCCCUACAGCCGACAUACACGAUCUGCGAUUUUCCCCUGUUGCACAUGUCGGAGCUUGGCCUAGAAAAGCUGGGUAGUGCACUUGCUGACGCCGGAGUUUCAUAUGGCCAGGUAGAGGAUAUAUAUCCAUGUUCUCCAAUUCAGCAGGGGAUCUUGAUGAGUCAGGUGAAGAAUCCCAGCCUUUAUCAAACAACGAUCAAGUGGUUGGCAGAAUCCACCGACAAAGGCAGUUCCUUAGAUGUAUCUCGAUUGAAGAAGGCGUGGCAACUUGUCGUAGAUCGACAUCCAAUGCUUCGUACCAAGUUUAUCGACAGCCUAAUGCCCGAUGGUCUCAAAGACCAACUGGUGCUCAAGAGCCUCGAGGCAGAGGUCCAUGUUAUCACAUCCGGGCAACGUGAUGCAUCUGAUACAGCAAUACCUCGCGAAAAUAACGCAUUCCUGUUGAUUUACACGACGCCGUCAGGGGCUGUGUGUGAGCUCUUGAUCAAUCACGCAUUGAUUGAUGCCUCAUCCUUGGUGAUCCUCAAACAAGAACUGUGUGCUGCUUACGAUGGGUCGUUGUCCAACUCCAUGCCAGGCCUAUACAGCGAAUACAUUCUGUUCCUGCAGUCAUUGUCGGAACAGAAAGCCCAUGAAUACUGGCAUCAUCUGCUGGAGGGGGUCAAUCCUUGUAUAUUUCCCUCCCUCGGUGCUCGGAACCCACGUGGCCCUCGCUCAAAGUCCGUUAUAUCGAGAAAACUCGACCCGAACAUGCAUGAUUUGUUGCGCCUGUUCUGCAUGGACCACGGACUGACAACUUCUAACGUGUUUCACAUAGCAUGGGGGCUCGUUCUGCGAGCGUAUACUGGUCUAGAGACGGUCUGCUUUGGAUAUCUCACUUCGGGGCGUGAUAUUCCUGUCUCUGGCGCCGAGAGGACUAUCGGUCCCUUUAUUAACAUGCUCACUAGCCGGGUGAGCUUGGAGAGUAAUGAGUCACUGUUGUCUCUAGCUCAGAAGAACCAGGGUCAGUAUCUCAGCAGCUUAGAGUUUCAGCAUUACCCUCUAGCGAAGAUCUUCCACUUUCUGGAUUUGCCCGGAAAAGAACUUUUCAACACUGCCUUGUCCGUGCAAGCGAACAGGUUGGUCAGCAACAACACCGCAUCAUCCAUCUCGCUCACAGAAAUGGGAGGUGAUGACCCCACUGAGUACGACAUAAUGAUGAAUAUUGGCCUCGAUGAGAAUGAAAUUGCUAUUAAUUUCACCUACAAUGCGUCGAUGUUGUCAACAAGCCACGCCGAAAAUGUCCUCAAUCUGUUCAUUCAAGCAGUCCGGCAAACAAUUACUCAUUCAGACCAAACACCGCAUCAAGCCAAUCUAAUUAGCAAGGAGGACCUCCGACGCAUUUUGAACUGGAAUGCAAUGGCACCGGCAGCUGUCAAUGCUUCGAUAGGUGACAUGAUAUCUGAGCAAGCACAAAACCAACCGGAUGCACCGGCAGUGUGCGCAUGCGACGGUGAUCUGACUUAUAAAGAACUUGAUUAUCUAUCUACCCGGCUGGCCUCGCACCUUCAUGGUCUCGGUGUUACUCCAGGAAGCAUGGUUCCAUUGCUCUUUGAGAAAUCCAUGUGGAUGUCCGUUGCCGCAUUGGCGGUAAUAAAGUCUGGCGGAGCAAUGGUCGGCUUGGAUAUCGAGCAACCGCAGGAUAGGCUGCGAACAAUCCUCGAACAAACUCAGGGGUCUGUUAUAGUCACCUCUCCCACGAUGCGCAGCAAGGGCAAUUCUCUUGGCAUGGAUACCGUUGUCAUUGUGGACCGGGCAAGCAUGGAUCAACUAGAACCCGUUCGGGGGACGGUUCUUCCCUCGAUAGAUCCAGCCAGUCCACUUUACAUUGUCUUCACCUCUGGUACCACGGGGACACCAAAGGGCGUGGUGAUCAGUCACUGCAAUGUUGCUAGUGCUAUCACCUAUCAGCAGGACUCACUAGGCUUGAACUCUGCAUCGCGUGUGCUGGAUUUUGUUUCGUAUGCAUUCGAUGUAGCGUGGGGAACAAUCCUGCACACGUUUGUGGCUGGGGCUUGUCUUUGCGUGCCCGAGGAAUCGGAGCGGCGUGGGGAUAUUGGCGCAGCAAUGCGUAGAUUGCAAGUCAACUACGCUGUUCUGACCCCAACAAUUGCCCGUUUGCUCGAUCCGCAAUCAAUCCCACUUGUCCAGACAAUGGUUCUGACUGGUGAACCCCUUGAUCCAAUAGAUGUUCAGAAAUGGGCGCUUCAAACCCAACUUGUCAAUGCGUAUGGUCCUUCCGAAACCACCAUAUGGGCUACCCUCGAGCGCUACCCAUUCUCAGAAAAUGAACCUAGUCUUGGAAGGGGAAAAGGAUGCGUCACCUGGGUGGUCGACCCAAAUCGCGAAGCUCAAUUAUGUCCUAUAGGCUGUACCGGAGAGCUGUGGCUUGAGGGACCGAUCGUUGGUCUUGGAUAUUUAAAUGAUACGGACAAGACAGCGGCCAGCUUUUUGCCGGCGCCCACUUGGUUGACACAGGGCGAAUCUUCACGUCGUCCGGGUCGGCUUUAUAAAACUGGUGAUUUGGUUCGCUAUAAUCUCGAUGGCACGCUAAUUUAUGCUGGCCGCAAAGACGGACAGGUCAAGAUCCGAGGCCAGCGUGUCGAGCUCGGGGAAGUGGAGUACCAUAUCCAACAAGCCAUGCCAACCGGCACAGGCGUUCCAGUUGUGGCAGAAGUGAUCACGCCAAAAGCAAGCGCCAAUUCCCUUUUAGUAGCGUAUCUUGCACUGGGCGAUCGGGCAACUGGGUCCACAGAAGGCAUCCGCAAUGCUCUAAGUUAUUACACUAAUAUUUUCACGCAAUGCUUACCGGAAAGCCUACCGGGGUAUAUGGUGCCGAACAUCUAUAUCCCUGUUACUGAAAUUCCAAUGACUACUACUGGCAAGACAGAUCGGCGACAACUUCGCACCAUAGGGUCCGAUCAAACAUUGGCCCAAUUGGCCGAGUUGCAGCCAUCCAGAGGCAAGGAACGCGUUGCAUCAUCACCGGUGGAGCUCGCACUACAACGAUUAUUCUCCGAAGUCCUCAACAUUGAUCUGGACAUAGUAGGGACUGAUGACAGUUUCUUCUUGCUCGGCGGCGACUCGAUUACUGCGAUGCAGCUAUCUGCACGAUCCCAAUCUGUCGACUUCUAUAUCACGGUCGCCGAUAUAUUCAAACACAAAACUGUUGCACAACUAGCAAAAAAUUCAGGAUUACAAGCAGCAGAAACUAGCUCUAUCCAUAUCGCGGAGACGGUCGACACUCCUUUUGAAUUGUCUCCAAUCCAGCGGAUGUUUUUCGAUUUCCAGGACAUCCGGAAGAACAUGUUCAACCAGAGCUUCCUGGUCCGGGUGUCUCGACCUCACCUGCCAGACCAGGUUAAGGAAGGCAUAGAGCAGUUGGUGGUUCGUCAUAGCAUGUUGCGAGCUCGCUUCAUUCAAGUGGACGGCGCCUGGACUCAAAAGAUUCUGGCCGAUGCAACGUGUUGCUACGAGUUCCAACGGCAUGACAUCCCCUCCCUCCAUGAGGCAAAAUCUUUGCUUAAUCAAAGUCAACAAAUCCUCGAUAUUGAGCAGGGUCCGAUCUUUGUAGUAUACUUGAUCAAUACUAACGACGAGGGCCAAUUUCUGUUCAUGGUCGCGCACCAUCUGGUAGUGGAUCUCGUGUCUUGGAGAAUCCUCCUUGGUGAACUCGAAGAGUAUCUCGUUCAUGGAAAGGUUGCUGGACCCGCACCUCUUUCCUUCCAGGCGUGGUGUCAACUUCAGGCAGACCAUGCGGUCAACCGGUCUCCAGCGGAAGAUUUCCCUUACGACGUCCCGCCACUAAUGUAUGACUACUGGAAGUUCACUCCAGGUGUCAGUCCGAAUACUAUAGGUGACACCACGCAAUGCAGCAUAGUCAUCGAGAAAUCUCUCACUGACCAGCUGUUGGGGUCUGCCAACACUGUAUUCAAUACCCAGCCGGUGGAGAUACUCCACGCCGCCCUGCUUUAUUCCUUCGCGCAGUCAUUUCCGGAUCGAGUGUCCCCUGCGAUCUUUACAGAAGGACAUGGAAGGGAGGCAUGGAAUUCUGCAAUUGAGCUUGGUAGAACUGUUGGCUGGUUUACAACAGUAUAUCCGGUUGUUGUUGACGCUAUCAAAAGCGACAGGCUCAUUGAUAUUGUACGUCGCAGUAAGGACUAUCGCCGUCAAAUCCCCGCCAACGGCAGACCUUAUUUCGCUUCACGCUAUUUGAAUCCUGCUGGGCGGCAAGCCUUCCAUCUUGACGGGCCCGUGGAGAUCAUUUUCAAUUACUUUGGGCUGUACCAGCAAUUGGAACGAAAAGACGCACUCUUUCAGCAGUCAGACGUCUUGAUCUCUGAUCUAAUGGAGGCUGCCCCAGAGCUUUCUCGAUUUGCGCUGAUCGAUGUUGCCGCGUACGUCGCUCAAGGCAAACUACAUGUCGACUUCUUAUACAAUCGGCAUCUACAGCACGGGAGCAAGAUCCGUGAUUGGAUUAUUGAGUGUGAGCAUUCUCUGGUUAUGGCGGCUCACCAACUCCCUUUAUUAUCUCCAUCUUAUACUGCUUGCGACUUCCCCUUGAUGCCAUUGGGGGAAUCCUCUCUACACUUGCUCAUCAAUGAAGCCUUGCCCGGCCUCGGUCUUACAUUUGGCCAAGUUGAGGAUAUCUACCCCUGUACUCCUAUCCAGGAAGGGAUCCUCACCAGCCAAGCCAAGAAUCCAGCUUUGUACUGGACGCGGGUGAGGUGGCUAGUGUCUUCGACGACAGGCUCACUUGUAGACCGCAAUCGGCUAGGCCGCGCUUGGCAACAGGUUGUUGAUCGGCAUCCCAUCCUGCGAACUAUUUUCAUUGACAGUGUUCGGUCUGGAGGUGUCAAGGAUCAAGUUGUAAUCAAAAACGUCAAGUCUGAUGUCCAACUACUAGGCACUGACAAACCAGCUGACCCGCUCACUGGAGUGCAGUGGCAUACGGAUGUUGCCAGCAAGCGAGACAGUCCUCAACAUGCCCUGGCGUUGAGUCAAUCGGCAUCUGGCUCAGUCUUCUGUGACCUCGAAAUCAACCAUGCCAUGGUCGACGCCUACUCGUUGGGGCUCCUUAAAUAUGAAAUCUCUCGUGCCUAUAUGGGACAAAUUUCGUCUGAAGCGGGGCCUUCUUACGAGGCAUAUGUGCGUCAUAUACAGAGCCUGCCUGCGUCGGCUGAACAAUUCUGGGCGGAAUACCUCAAUGAGGUCCCUGCUUGCAACUUCCCGGUUCUUGCUGAACCCAACCCCGAUCAUACCAAUUCACGCGAGACACUGUCUCUAGAUAUGGACAUAAAAACACAUCUGGCCCUCCGCAAGUUCUGUCAGCAAUAUGAAAUGACCCCGUCCAGUGUGUUUCACCUAGCCUGGGGGCUUGUGAUUCGCGCUUACACGGGACUGGAUACCGUAUGUUUUGGAUACCUUACCUCCGGACGUGAUAUCCCUAUACCAGGUGUGGAUCGAGCUAUCGGCCCGUUCAUUAAUAUGCUGGUUUCCCGUAUCAACCUAAGCAAAGGAUCCUCUGCGUUGGAAACCUUGCAGGAAGACCAAAGAGAUUACCUGGCUGCGCUUCAGUAUCAGCACACUCCAUUGGCCAAGAUCCUGGAAAUUUCUGGAAGACCUGGUAAAGGUCUUUUCAACACUGGUAUCUCAGUGCAAAACAACGCGUCUGCCCAGGAGCCGGAACCGCAAGAGGUUAUAUUCACGGACGUUGGGGGCUUGAUUCCCCCGAGUACCUCGCUCCUCUCUACCGACGGAUCCCAGCGCAUCGCAACCCUGUUCCUUCAGGCAGUCGAGGGGGUUAUCCACAAUCCCAAUCAAGUCCCCCGAGAUAUCAACUUGGUUAGUGAACAAGAUAUCCAGCAAAUUUGGUCAUGGAACGCACAAGUUCCACAAGCAGUGAAGACAUGCGUGCACGAUCUUAUAGCAAAGCAAGCGUGUUUACGGCCCAACUCAUCUGCUAUACAUGCCUGGGAUGGCGAUGCAACCUACAAAGAGCUAGAUCAUUUUUCAUCACGGCUUGCACAUCACCUUGUGGAUCUGGGAAUCCGUGCCAAUGACGCUGUUCCAUUGUGCUUCGAGAAGUCAAUGUGGAUGCCGGUGGCUGCGCUGGGGGUUAUCAAGGCUGGUGGUGCUUGUGUGGCUCUAGACACAACCCAGCCAGAGGAGCGUCUCCGAGGGAUUUUGCAAGAUAUACAGCCCUCUUUCGUAUUAUCAUCUCGUGCCAACGAACACCUCACUCGAAGAAUAACUGACACUCAUGUCUUGUUUGUUGAGCGACCUUUGUUCCCCCAACUACCAGUCCCAAGCUGCUCCGACCUUCCGGUAGUGACACCAUCCAGCCCGGUCUACGUGGUUUUCACUUCUGGUAGCACUGGAAAGCCCAAAGGCACUGCUAUAAGCCACACCAAUUUUGCCAGCGCAAUUGUUCAUCAACCAGAUUUGCUUGCUCUAAACCCUGAUGCUCGUGUGUUUGACUUCGUUUCAUACGCGUUCGAUGUUGCCUGGUCUAAUAUACUGCAUACCUUCGCCGCUGGUGCGUGUUUGUGUAUUCCGUCUGAGUCGGUGCGCCGAGAGGGUACCGCACAGGCAAUGGAUGCUAUGAAGGUCACGCAUGUCCAAUUUACACCGUCCAUGGCUCGCACCAUAGAUCCAAACCAGGUGACCUCCCUAAGGACCCUGAUCCUCGGAGGUGAGGCACUAUCCAAACAAGACAUUAGACUCUGGGCCCCACGGGUCGACCUCCGGGUUGCUUAUGGCCCGGCGGAAUGCACGGUAGCGGCGGCGAUGACGAAUGUCACGCAGGAGUCAGGCCAAGUGGGGAAAAUUGGUCAUGGCGUUGGCUUGAAUACGUGGGUUGUUGGUUUGUCCGAGGACGCAGGCUUAGUCCCAGUGGGUGCUGUCGGGGAACUGUGGCUGGAAGGUCCCCUUGUGGGACUCGGCUAUAUCGGCCAGCCCCAAAAAACCGCCGAGAGCUUCGUUCAGGAUCCAAAGUGGUUGAUGAAUGGACCGCGAGGAAGAUCAGGCCGCGUCUACCGGACCGGUGAUCUUGUGCGUUAUAAUCCCGAUGGUACCCUUGUUUACGUUGGGCGCAAAGAUAGCCAGGUCAAAGUGCGCGGACAACGUGUAGAGUUGGAGGAAACCGAAUAUCACAUCCAUGCAGCUCUGUCAGACGGCAUUGGGGCCGUUGCGGAUGUCAUCAGUCCACAGGGGAGCGCCAACGCAAUGCUUGUGGCCUACCUUGAUGUGGGAGUUACUGUUGACGCAUCAUUGGAGACAAUUCACGCUGCGAUGCGUCCUUAUACGACAGGGCUCGCUGACAGUCUUGCACAAUGCCUGCCGCAAUUCAUGAUCCCCACGAUGUAUAUUCCUGUGGCUGGAAUUCCAAUGACACUUACGGGCAAGACGGACCGCCGUCGCCUACGAAGUAUAGGGUCAUCGCUGAGCCUUGACCGGCUGGCAGAUAUUCAACCAACGCGGGGCCAGAGACAGCUACCAAGAACCGAGGUCGAGAUGCAGCUUCAACAACUCUGGGCUGAAGUGCUCAAUAUUGACCCGCAGCAGAUUGGCGCGCACGACAGCUUUUUUUCCUUGGGGGGUGAUUCCAUCUCGGCUAUGCAGCUGUCUGCCAAGUCACGAUCGGCAGGGCUUCGAGUAACGGUGCCCGACAUCUUCAAGCUGGCCACUAUUGCAGGGCUGGCGCCAAGUGCUGCAAGCCAAGCACAGAAAGUGUAUGAUUGGGAAUGCACUGAGGGGGAAGCUUUCGAGCUUUCGCCCAUUCAGCAAAUGUUCAUUCAGACCAGCCAGUGCAACCACUUCAACCAGAGCUUCUUCCUUCGCAUCACACGUCCAGUUUCUUCAACGGAUGUUCGGCGCGCAUUAGAAGCCGUCGUUACCGAGCAUGCGAUAUUGCGCGUUCGGUUUGACCAUAUUGUGGACGAGCAAUGGACGCAACGGGUCAUACCAUACAGUCCAGAGUGUUAUAAAUAUGAACAACACACAAUAGAAAGCUUCUCCGACGUGUCACCGAUCUUAGACAGAAGCCAGAAAUCCCUUGAUAUUCAAGCCGGACCUAUCUUUUCCGCUGAUCUUAUUGACACCGGUACUCAGGGUCAUUACCUUUUCCUCGUGGCUCACCAUUUGGCCAUUGACCUUGUCUCCUGGAGGAUUAUCCUCGCUGAUAUGGAGGAACAUCUGACCACGAACAAAAUCUCUGGCUUCAAACCACUACCUUUCCAGGCCUGGUGCCAACUCCAAUCCGAGUAUGCUAGAGACCAGCUGCCCCCUGAGGCAGCGUUCCCCGUCGAGAUUCCUCCACCGCAGGACUACUGGGGCCUCGAUCCCACGACCAAUACUAUGGGGAACACCAUUCACAGCACGUUCAGUCUGAGCAAAGACGACACAGAUAGUCUUCUCGGUUGUGCGAAUAUGGCCUUUGACACGCAAUUAGUGGAGAUACUACAAGCAGCGUUGCUUCACUCGUUUGUCUAUACGUUCCAGGACCGCCCCGCUCCCACCAUCUUCAGUGAGGGUCAUGGGCGCGAACCGUGGGAUUCUGCGAUCGACCUGUCACGCACUGUGGGGUGGUUUACUACGAUGAGUCCAACACUUGUCUCUGCGUCAGCCUUGUCCAAUGACUCCUUGCAAACCGUCGUCCGCCGCACGAAAGACGGUCGCCGACAGGUGCCGGGCCAUGGGUGGCCUUACUUUACAUCUCGAUACCUAAAUGAGAAAGGGAAGAAAGUGUUCGGGGGUUAUGGAGCUCCUGAGAUAACAUUCAACUAUUUGGGAUUUUACCAGCAGCUUGAGCGUGAGGAUUCGCUUUUCGCGCCAGCUAGCCCCCCUGAAGGCACUCUUUCAGACGUUGCCGAAGAUAUGGGCCGAUUUGCGCUGAUCGAGGUCAUGGCUUCGGUUUCUGCCGGUUGUCUCGAGUUUAGUUUCAUGUUUAAUUGCAACACUAGACACCGAGAUCAAAUAGGGACCUGGAUCACGCGGUACGAACACUCACUGCAAACUGCUGCCCGUGAGCUGCCGCAUCACCCACGAAGUUAUACACAGUGUGACUUCCCCCUUCUUUCUCUCAGCGAAACAGCCUUGCUGAAAUUGAACGACAAAAUUCUUCCUGGACUCGGCCUCUCCUACGGCCAGGUGGAGGACAUCUAUCCUCUCACGCCCAUUCAACAAGGAAUCUUAUUGAGUCAAGCCAAAAGCCCUCAUCUCUACUGGACUCGGAUUCGGUGGCUCGUACAGUCCGCGUCUCCCUCCUCUGUCAAUCUGGAUCGCCUAGUAGAAGCUUGGAAGCGUGUUGUUUCUCGACAUUCCGCGCUUCGAACUGUGUUCGUGGAGAGCCCGUCGCCCCAUCGGUUUGAGGACCAACUAGUCAUGCGAACCUGCGAACCUACAAUCCAUCUGCUAUCGUCAUCUGACCCGCCUGCCGCUCUUGCGCGUCAUUGGGAGUCCCGUCAAGAGCCAAAACCGCUUCAUUCCUUGGUUAUAUGCUCCACCCCGUCUGGCGACAACGUACUUUGUGAUCUUGAAAUGAACCAUGCUAUCACUGAUGCGACCUCGACAGCGUUGCUCAAGCGCGAGAUCUGUGCUGCGUACGAUGAUCUGCUUGAUGCUACUCCAGGACCUCUGUAUCGUGAUUACAUCCGCCAUAUACAAAGUGUCGGAACGGAGGCGAGCUUGGAAUACUGGAAGGAUUAUCUAGAGGGUGUUCCUCCCUGUAUCUUCCCGUCUCAACGCGAACCUCAAUCAGGAGAAAACAAGGCCAGAGCUUCGAUGACACAGUUGCUUGACGGGGACCUCCACUCGAGACUUCGAUCAUUCUGCCAAAAGAAUGAGUUCACUCCAGCAAAUCUUUUCCAUUUAGCCUGGGCUUUGCUUCUGCGCUGCUAUACUGGCUCGGAAACUGUGUGUUUUGGCUACUUGUUGUCGGGCAGAGAUGUUCCUGUGGAAGGUGUAGAGAAAACCGUCGGUCCCUUCAUCAAUCUACUUGUGAGCCGCCUCCAUUUAGGCGGUAGUGAGCCCCUGGCCGCUGUGAUUGAAAGGAAUCAGGCAGAGUUUGUGAGCAGUCUUAACCACCAGCACAGCUCUCUGGUCCAAAUCCUGCGGUCGCUUGAUGAACCAGUGGAUGCUCUCUUCAACACUGUUUUGUCUGUGCAGGGAAUGGACCUCAAGAGCCAUGACAAGGAUGACCUGUUCAGUCUUCGACUGGACGAGCAAGAUGGACAUGACCCAACUGAGUACGAUAUCAUGUUGAAUGUUGGCCUUGGGAGCGAAGAGACAGCAAUCACAUUUAGUUAUUACGGAUCUCUUUUAUCUGAUCAGCAGGCUAGAAACCUGGUACAGUCUUUGUUGCAGGCAAUAGAAGAGAUAAUCCGGACGCCUUCGAAGACUGCCGCACAGGUGGAUCUUGCAGGCCGCCAUGAUCAGGAGAUUAUCUGGAACUGGAAUUGCGCCGUUCCACCCACUGUUGAUACACCAGUGCACGAACUCAUUGCCAUGCAAUGUCAACAACGGCCUGAUGCAACGGCUAUCUGCGCAUGGGAUGGCGAGUUUACAUACCAGGAAUUGGACUGCUUGUCAACACGCCUGGCUCUUCAUUUAGGAGCCCUGGGCGUCGGCGCUAACAGUAUUGUUCCGCUUUAUUUCGAAAAGUCCCGCUGGAUGCCUGUAUCAGUCCUGGCGGUAAUGAAGGCUGGCGGGGCCUCGGUAGCCAUGGAUGCCAACCAGCCGCUGGAACGGUUACGGGCGAUCGUGCAGCAGGUGCAACCGGAGGUUCUAUUGUCAUCUCGUGAGAAUUACCCUGUGGCUCACCGUCUGGGUGCACAAAGAGUAGUCCCUGUCCACGAUGCGGCUCUCUCCAGCGUCAUUGUUCCGGCAGACACCGUGUGCCCGUCCAUCGCAGCGUCUCAGAGGCUCUACGUGACAUUCACAUCAGGCAGCACGGGCACACCCAAAGGGGUUGUCAUAUCCCACUCGAACUUCAGUAGUGCACUGGUCCAACAACAGGAGUCACUUUCUUUCGGGCCAAAUGUUCGCGUAUUCGACUUUGUAUCCUACGCGUGGGAUGUCUCUUGGUCUAACCUCCUGCGCUCGCUUGUAGCUGGCGGGUGCCUUUGCAUACCACACGAAUCGCAGCGUCGGGCCAACAUUGAGAAGGCCAUGUGUGAUUUCCGCGUCAACUAUGCCACAAUCACUCCAACUGUCGCUCGGCUGCUCAACCCGGCGGAAGUUCCCUAUUUGAAUACGCUUGCUCUGAUCGGGGAGCCUCUCACCCAGGCUGAUCUCGUGCAGUGGACACCACAUGUGGGCGAGAUUAUCAACACUUACGGGCCAUCUGAAUGUCCAGGAUGUGUUACGGUCAACCGGAUCCGCAGGGACUGUCUACAGGACCCUCAUCUCGGCAGCGCGUCCGCUUGUAACACCUGGAUCGUUGAUCCCACGGAUGCCGACCGCCUCCUUCCUGUAGGUGGUAUUGGUGAGCUUUGGCUGGAAGGGCCAUUGAUCGGCUUGGGUUAUUUAGGUCUCCCCGAGCGCUCAGCAGAGAACUUCAUCGAGAACCCCAGCUGGUUACGGCGAGGCGGCCCCGGCUGCUCGGGUCGAGACGGUCGGCUUUACCGCACUGGUGAUCUAGUACGCUAUAAUCCCGACGGUUCUCUGGUCUAUAUCAGUCGGAAGGAUGCGCAAGUCAAGAUUCGCGGCCAGCGCGUGGAGCUGGGCGAGGUGGAAUACCAUGUGCGGCAGGGCAUUCUAGACAUCGACGAUGCUUCGGUGGUGGCCGGGGUUAUGACUCCUCGAGGUAGCAGCAGUCCUAUGCUUGUCUGCUUCCUUGGCCUGGGUGAUCUGGCGUCAGGCUCCGCAGAUCAGAUCCGUGCUGUUCUUGGAGAACGUACACGAGGUCUAGAUGAAUACCUCGGGGCCAGGCUCCCACGCUACAUGGUCCCCAGUACCUAUAUUCCGGUUGUUGAUAUCCCUAUGACUGUAACCGGCAAGACUGAUCGACGUCGCCUCACCCAGGCCGGAGCAUCUCGCACACUCGCCGAACUGGCCGAGCUGCAGCCCUCUAGAGGCGAGUGCCAACCCCUGACAACCGAGAUGGAGUGGCGCUUGCAAGGCCUAUGGGCAGCUGUCUUAGGCCUAGACGCCAGUCUGAUCGCGGCUGAUGAUAGCUUCCUUCGUAUUGGAGGCGAUUCAAUCACAGCUAUUCGCUUAGGCCAGCGGGCUAGCGAAGAAGGCUUCUCGCUAGCAGUCCCGGAUAUUUUCAACAACCCGCGACUUUGCGACAUGGCUCACUACCUUCGUGAAGGGCAAUCCAUCUAUCGCGAUCCCCAGCCUUUUUCUCUACUUUCUUGUCCCCCUGGUUCACUUCCCUCUUUUCUCGAGACUUCUGUUUUACCUUUCCUCGAAUGGAACAAGGACCACAUCACCGAUGUAUAUCCUACCACGGAGUUACAAGACCUUUACGUGUCGUCCGCGCUGGCUGCCCGAAUGGGUGAAAUCGAACACAUCUACAUGGACCUCCCGGCAGGUGUGGACCUUUCUCGUGUUCAUCAAAGCUGCUUACGUUUGUGGCAGCACCUGGAUAUACUGCGCACUGUUUUCAUUGUCGACGGUCAUCGUCACAUUCAGGUUGUCCUUAAUGACGUCGAGCCAGAUAUUUCCGCCCACGAAGUGCAUGGAGAUCUCACAGCAUGUGCCGAGAAGAUCUAUCGCUCUGACCUGCAGAGCCCCCAACAGCUAGGACGUUGCUUUACUCGGUUUUUCAUCAUUCACAAUCCAGACGGACAAGCCCGGUUAACCAUUCGCUUUUCGCAUUCGCAGUACGAUGGUUUCAGCUUACCGUUGAUAUUCUCGUGCUUUGCUACCUUGUACCGAGGGGAGGCUCUGCCCUCCAGCCCCAAAUUCUCGGGUUAUAUACGACAUGUUCAAGAGCAGCAGCAAGCGGCCCGCCCGUACUGGAGAUCUCUCCUAUUGCAGUCCUCUAUAACCCCUGUCAAGCCUCUGUCGGCUGCAAACGGUGAUUAUCCGCUGAGUCAACACGUGGGUAGCCUGGUUGAAUCCAAGACCAUCGCUCCUGCCCCCGCGGGUCGCCAAGGAUUCACAGCAGCGACAAUUUUCACCUCACUCUGUGCGCGCAUGCUCUCCAGGAUUACCGGCGCCACCGAUGUGGUCUUUGGACAGAUCGUCUCUGGUCGAGCCUCGCUACCCAGCAGCCUCCAGAAUGUUGUUGGACCGUGUGUCAACACGAUUCCUGUUCGAGUGCGGAUCAUCCCAGGGCAAGGUCUCGAGCAGCAGCUGGCCUCGGUCCAUGAACAACACAUUCAGGGCUUGCCCUACGAAACCAGCCAGUUUGGGGAUAUAGCGGUUAACUGCACUGACUGGCCGGAUGAGUCUCGCACGCCCGAGUUGGUCGUCCAAUUCCAGAAUCUCGACAACCUGGAGCAUGACGCCGGCACCAGCAUUCUCGGGGCAAAUAGUACACUGGCGGCCUACCAACGCAAAGGUCGACCUGUUUUCCCCGACUUCAUUUUCGUCCUGGCAAAACCUAAGGGAGACGGCUGGGAGCUGUCUGUGUCAGGCAGCUCGAAAUUCCACACGCAGCACACGCUUGACACCGUGUUGGAUGAGCUUACUAGGCAAGUUGUAGAUUGUUGA